GUAAGAUAACGGCGGCGUCGUUUAGCUUUGCCAAGCAACUUCCUUCGAGGAGCUGGUUCUCGGAUGCGUCAACGAGAGUGUUGGGGGGGGUUUGCAUGGAAACGAGGGUGUUCUGGAGGUACGAGUUGCCGGAGGAGGUACAAGGAAGGACAAUCAGGGCGAGGCAGAAGGGAGAAGGGGACUUUACAUGCAUAAAAGAGCUAAAACUGAUGGCGAUGGUGAUGACGGCGUAUGUGAUGGUAAUUUCGAGGGGGGAUAGGCCGGAGCGGGAAGGAGAGGCGGUGAUGAUGAGGGCGGUGGGGGAAGAAGAAGGCGAGGGUAGGGGCACUGAUGAGGAUGAUGGGAGCUUUGGAGACGAUUGGGGGCUGGUGUUUUCAGGCGAGGCAUGUACCGGGCGUGGAGAAUAG